AUUUUGAAAAUAUCUGAGCGGAAAUGACGUCGAUAUCCGUUAGCUGUAGUUGUGUUUUGGCUUACGCUUUAUUUUACAGUAAUAGCUGCUAAACUUAAACUAUAACUGUAUUCAUUCACUUUCAAAAAAUGGACUGUUGCAUUGUAUCUGCACUGUGGUGUCUUGUAGCCCUUUAUUUAUUUAUUCACUGUCUGUGUUUUAUUUUCGCGGAUGCAGACUUCACUCUGCUGUGGGCAAGUCUGUUCGGAAACAGGCCAGAGAACAAGCUGAAAGGGCUGGUGGUGUGGGUCACUGGAGCCUCUAGUGGUAUUGGAGAGGAGCUGGCCUACCAGCUAGCAAAGUGUGGGUCACACCUCAUCCUGUCUGCUCGACGUGAGGAUGAGCUGAACAGGGUGAAGCGUUGCUGUUUAGAGUGCUCCGACCUCCAGGAUGAAGAUAUUCGUGUUCUUCCACUUGAUUUGUUGGAGAGGACAACGCACAAGGAAAAAACAAAAGCCGCGAUUCAGUACUUUGGACAUAUUAAUGUCCUAAUUAACAAUGGCGGCCGAAGCCAGCGCUCACUGUGCUUGGAGACUAGUGUUGAUGUGUAUCAGGCCUUGAUGGAGCUCAACUUCCUGGGUACUGUCUCCAUCACCAAGCAGGUGCUGCCUCACAUGACGCAGCGAGGCUCCGGGAGCAUUGUGACUGUCAGCAGCGUAGUCGGCCUCGCUGGGGCGCCCCUGGCAACAGGAUACGCUGCCAGCAAACAUGCUCUCCAGGGUUUCUUUAAUUCCCUUCGGACUGAGCUGACUGACUUUCCAAACAUACUCAUCAGCACAGUGUGUCCAGGGCCUGUGCAAUCACAUAUUGUCCAGAAUGCCUUCACGGAGGAGCUGACCAAGCCCAUGGCUGCAGCUGGUAACCAGGAGCACAAGAUGCCAACAAGUCGCUGUGUGCAUUUAAUGCUCGUGGGAAUUGCCAAUGGUGUCAAGGAAAUGUGGAUUGCACAGCAGCCCUUCCUCAUGUUUUACUACGCCUGGCAGUACGCUCCCACAUGUGCCUGGUUCAUCACAAACAUGUUGGGCAGAAAAAGGGUGCAGAAUUUCAAAGCUGGUCUGGAUGCAGACACGGCAUACUUCACUAAACCCAAGACCUCCUGAGAGUCACAUUGUCAAGAGGAAACGCAUUGCAUUCCUGAUGUUCGACCUGGUAAAAGAUAUGGGUUUUCCUGGAAAUGUCAUCUCCAAGUAAAACAUUUAACAGCUGAUUUUAAGCUCAGUGCAAGUCAUGGUUUAAUAAAAAUGGGUACAUUUAUUUCAUUACGCUUUCACCUCAAAUGUGUAAAGUAAAAUCCGAUAUUUCAGUAAAAUAAAAAAAAGAAGAAACGUAACAAGCAUCUCAGAUAAUGUGAACUUCUGUACGAAAGCCUACAGGAAUGUAUAACUUAUGGAUUCCGUGUAAUUAAGCACUAAUCACUAGUAUGACUUAAAAUUGAGUUAGGAUCAAUUUUCUGCCCAGGCGAGUUUGUAUAGUGAAACAUAACAAAACGUCUUCUUCCAAGCUUUUUUAUUAUGAGUAUAUACAAGUACACAUAUAAAAAUCACAAUAUGUACAAGAGAAUAUGGACAAAUUCAUUUAACUCUUUAUUCUAAAUUGUAAACAAGUGAAUUGUAAACAAAACAAUAGCACUAAACACCUUACACAUACAGCAAGACAUACCCAAGGCACAUCCUUGAUAUUUUAACAAAACAUUAAAAAUCUUGUUUUUGUGAACAAAAAGGGAGAUCACCUGAAAACUGUGAAAUCUUAAAAGUACAAUAAAACCAGAGGUAUUCAGCAGGUGUCAUCUAGAGGGGAGGUGGGCAAAUGUAUUCACUUUCUUUUAAGCACAAACGAUAAUAAACAAA